UAAAGAGCUUUAGGAAAAAGUUUAGAAAAAUUUAGGAAUUAAAAUAAAGUAAAUCACAUCCCAGAACUGAAAGCGGCAAAUAUUUAAUUGAUAUUAAUACAUUAUAUUUGCAUAAAUUAUUCCGAAGAUUCUUUUUAACAUAGCGCCAUAAGUGCGACAGUUCUGAAAUCGAACCAGUUCUUUUGACACGCGAUAACGACAGUUCGCUUGUGCAGCUCUGGAAAAUGCACGUUGGCUCUUCAGCAAUCGACAAUCUAAAGCUCACGUGGUUGAUUUCAAGCCAAAUAUCUUGUCAAAGCUUCUAUAUAUUGUGCAAAUAAAUUAGCAUCAGCAUCAAAAUGGGAAAACGAAAGACUAAAGCUCAAUCGCGACCCGGCGGAAAGGCGGCUCUUGCGAAGGGGACGCAACCAAUUCCCCCCUCAGCAGCAGGAGCUACUGCAGCUCCUCCUGCAACUCCUGCUAUUGCUCCAGGGGCACCAACCGAGCCUCCUGCACGGCGUCCACGUGGACGUCCACCUAAAAGACCGUUGGCCGCAGCCCCGAGGGAUGAUAGUGUUGUAAACACUAACGCGGUACUGCACAACAAUCCCCAAGUCACGAUAAGUGACGGCGGUGCACAGUCUCCACGUGGACGCCUUCGUAAAAGAGCGUUGGGUGCUGCUCCGGCGUCCAAGAGGGAUGAUAGUGUUGUAAACACUAAUGCGGUACGGCUGGCCUCUUUGCAGGAGAGCAACGAGCCCCUAGCCACGAUCAGCGAUGGCGUUGCACCGUGUCCACGUGGACGUCCUCGUAAGAGACCGUUGGCUGCUGCUCCGGCGGCCAAGAGGGAUGAUAGUGUUGUAAACACUAAUGCGGUACGGCUGGCCUCUUUGCAGGAGCGCAACGAGCCCCUAGCCACGAUCAGUGAUGGCGUUGCACAGCGUCCACGUGGACGUCCUCGUAAAAGACCGUUGGACGCAGCUCCGAGGGAUGAUAGUGUUGUAAACACUAACGCGGUACUGCACAACAAUCCCCAGGCGACGAUCACUGAUGGCGGUGCACAGUCUCCACGUGGACGUCCUCGUAAGAGACCGUUGGCUGCUGCUCCGGCGGCCAAGAGGGAUGAUAGUGCUGUAAACACUAACGCGGUACUGCACAACAAUCCCCAGGCGACGAUCACUGAUGGCGGUGCACAGUCUCCACGUGGACGUCCUCGUAAGAGACCGUUGGCUGCUGCUCCGGCGGCCAAGAGGGAUGAUAGUGCUGUAAACACUAACGCGGUACUGCACAACAAUCCCCAGGCGACGAUCACUGAUGGCGGUGCACAGUCUCCACGUGGACGCCUUCGUAAAAGGCCGUUAGGUGCUGCUCCGGCGUCCAAGAGGGAUGAUAGUGCUGUAAACACUAAUGCGGUACGGGUGGCCUCCUUACAGGAAGAUAACAAUCCCCAGGCCACGAUCAAUGAUGGCGUUGCACAGCGUCCACGUGGACGUCCUCGUAAAAGGCCGUCGGGUGCUGCUCCGGCGUCCAAGAGGGAGGAUAGUCUAGUCAAUACUCAUAAGGCUGCCGAGGCACUGCUGCGCUCGUUAAAGGACAACAACCAUCCCCAGGCCACGGUCAAUAAUGGCUUUGCUCGUGGCCUCAAGCCGGAUGUGAUCCUCGCCGGGUUUAUGUACGAAAAACAUCUGAUGUUUGCUAUGAAAUUUAAAAACCGAAAGAUGCCCGAGUUGGUGAGCCCAAAGGAACUUAAGCAACGUGACCCAACAAUGCUAAUAAAUUUUUAUAUAGACCAUUUUUAUUAUCCCCACCACGAUAUACCUAAGAAGCCAAUGUAAUUAUUAUUUUAACCUUUACUUAAUUAUUGCGAUACCCAAUUAUAUACGAAUUAGGCAUGUAAUGCCAAAACUGAAA